GAGCGGGAAAAGCAGCUCGAGCCGGCCGUUCCUCUUCGCCGCUUUGUCGCCCUUUCCCCUGGGCCUUCCCCCGGCUGACUGUGACUCGGCUCGAGGCUGUGAUCCAUGGACCCCAGUGAAACGCCUGCUCUUCACCACUGCUCUGCUGACUCGCCUCCAGUGGAUGAGACGAGAGUGCCCCAGAACACAGAGCUAAUUCCCAGGAGACCUGUCAGUCGCUCUCCGACCUGUGCCCGCUGUCGCAACCAUGGAGUCACGGCCCAUCUCAAGGGCCACAAGCGCCUCUGCCUCUUCCAGGCUUGCGAGUGUCACAAGUGUGUUCUCAUCCUGGAACGUCGGAGAGUCAUGGCUGCUCAAGUGGCCUUGCGUAGGCAGCAGGAGGCACAGCUGAAAAGGCACCUGGCACAGGGUCUGAUGAAAGGGGCCGCCCCUCUGAAAGCUCCCCUCCGAGUCAAGAAGGGAGCCAUCCGGCCAGGGGUCCCUUCUGGAAAGGAGAACAUGGCACCCCAGUCUCAGAGUCCCCAUGGAGCAGUCCCGCUGGUACUGACCCCCCCGGGGAAGGAGAACUAUGGGCCUCUGCUGCUCAGCCGCCCCCCGGAAGCCUUGCCUUUGCCCUGGACUCCGGUGCCUCCUGGGCCCUGGGGCCCUGGACACUGGCUGCCCCCAGGUCUGUCGGUGCCACCUCCAGUGGUGUGCCGCUUGCUGUGCCAAGAACCUGCUGUCCCUCUACACCCUUUCCCUGGCUUUGACCCUGGCACCUCUCUCCGGCUGCCCACUCACGGGACCCUCCCAAGCUGCCCGGGCUCUCGCUCGGUACUGACAGCUCCACUUUCUGGAGAGCCCCAAGGACCCCCUAGCCUGCCUCACACAUGUUCAACUUUGAUACUCCAGUCCUGUGGCGCGCCAGACUCUCUUCUGCUACAGCCACAGGCCCCUGGAGCUUCUUGCCUGGCCUGGACAUCUGGCCCUUCGGAGCGGCAGCUGCAGAGAGAGGCGGCUGAGGCCCUUGUGGGUCUGAAAGACUCAUCCCAGGCUCCCCGCCUGACCCCAUCCGUGCCCCCGAACCCUGCCUGGAUCUCUUUGCUCCACCCCUGUGGCCCACCAGCUCCCCCUGGGGGAAGAGGAUUCCAGCCUGUUGGCCCCCCUCUCCGGCCCAGUCCCACUUCCUCAGUCUCUCUGCAUAUUGGGCGGCUGGGCUCCAUCUCCCUCCUGAGCUAGACAGCGGAGGUAGACACUGCCUCGCCGGGACAAAGAGAUGACAGACGGCAGGCACAGCGUGUUUGGUAUUUUAUUUGAGUUUUGCAUGGAAUUUAAUAUAACACAAGCUUUAGCCUUUUUUUUUUUUUUAAAGCUUUCAGGUUCCUUUUGUAGUGUGGGUAUUUCCUUGGCUGAACGUGGAUAUUCUCGUAGUCCUUUUUGAAUCCUAAGUCCCCUAAUAAAGGCAAUUGGGCAGUUAAGAUGGCCCGUGUCUAAAUACAUUUUUGCAUGAGUUUAUGUUCUGUAUAUGCCUGUGUGCUCAUGUCUGUCUCUGCAUGUGAAAAUACAAGAAUAUAUUCGCUCUGUGUGCAGGUUUCUGUAAGCAAGAAAUAAACCUUUGCCAUUUAA